UUUAGAUUAGAUUUUUAAAAGAGCCCGUAGUCCAUUUCUUAUCCUGGCUUGGGAUAUCUCAUCCUUGCAUCCAAUCACCCUCUUUUCCUGACAAAGAACAACUCUCCCCGUCGCGAACUGAAAUCAACUAAACUCGGGUUUCAGUGAGGUAUCAAAGUUCAUCGCAUCAGAAAGAAUCAUCAAAAUCCAUGGCCGCGGACGAAGUGAAAACGAGCGUGCGAGUUCUUUGUCGCAGGCUGAUAAUCAUCAACAAGAACGAACAACCAGGCCUUCAAUGGCUUAUCGGAUCUCCCUUCUUCCCUCCCUUCACCAUCGUCUCCACCUUCCGAUGCAUCCACACCCUUCCCUCCUCUCCUCUCUCUCCUCAUUACUCCAAUGAAUCAGAUGAUCUUAGGUCACUGCUGUUAAGAGGUUUUGAAGUCAUUGGAGCGCUGAUUGUUGGAGAAAAUUCUGAUUUUGAACAAGUUGCGAGUGAGGCAGUCAGCGCCUCACGCAAUUUGAGGAAGUUUCUGUCUGGGAAUGUUGAUGGAAGGGAUUCAGAGGAUCGAGAUUUGGUUGGAGCUGUCGCGGAUUUGGACACUGGAAAUCUUUGUUUUUUUGUGUCGAGGUCUGGAGAUUCAACUAGGUUGGAAUCUGUUGAUGAUGUUAUCUAUGCUGAUCAGCCUGAGAAGUAUGUUUGGGAGAGAGGUUGCUUACUUCGAUGCGAGCUUAAGAUCAAGUUGCCUGUUUAUUUUCCAGUUGAGAGCCCCAAAGAAGCAGGGGAUAUGUAUUUACGUGCAUCAGAUGCCAUUGCUGCUAGAUUUAGAGAUCCACAAGCCACAUACAUUAUAGAAGCAUUCAAUGAACCCUCAGCUGAAGUACCUCAUCCUGUAGUUCUUCGUGGUGUGGAAGUGGUUUCAGAUCUCGGGAAUGCUGGCCUUUCAAAUGCAACUGCUGAGGAAGCUGAUGCAAGAACUGUUUCAUGUUCAUACUUCUGUUCAAAACGUAAAGAUGUCUCAUCAUUUAAGUCUGUAGAGGAGGAUGCAGAUAAGAUCCAAGUUAGUGUCCUACUUAAUAGAUCAGGGAAGUCUCCCAAAUAUGCUGCCCCUAUUGCUGAAUAUUUCCCUGCUUUGAAAGAAGCCAAGCUUUUGGUUGUAGAUUACAAGUUACGAGUUCUCUGUUAUGCCGCGAAGGAUCUUUCACUGGAGAAGGCAGUUUCAAAUUUAAUCAUAGUUGGGUUAAUCGACCAGAUAUGUACCAUGAAGAACAUAAUCUCGCCCAACCUCUUAAGACAACACCCCGUGUUGCAUCCCUAUCACUUCAGUCCACCUGGGUUUUUGCAUCCAGUAACAGUUAUCUAUGAACUCAGAUAUGGGGAGACAGAAAUGAAGCAAGUUGAAGCUAGAAGAUCCCUACAUUUGAGGCUGGGAUUACCUUUUGAUCGUCCUCUCUUAAGAAUUGCAAAUGCCAUUAACUUAUCCACUCCAAAUACUGCACGAAGCAACUCAACAUCGAAAGGUUCCCCUUUGCUAAAGGAUGUACAUCUUGGGAUUCCAUGCAGUGGGGUUUCUGGUGGUGUCAUCUCUAUGGUACAAGGUUCUUACGAGUACCAUCAUUAUCUUCAAGAUGGUUAUGAUGACUCGGGCUGGGGUUGUGCCUACCGCUCUCUACAAACUAUCAUUUCGUGGUUCAGGCUCCAACAUUACUCAUCCAUUGAUGUUCCUUCACACAGAGAAAUACAACAGGCGCUUGUGGAGAUUGGAGACAAGGAACCUGCCUUUGUAGGCUCGCGAGACUGGAUUGGAGCUAUUGAAUUAAGCUUUGUUUUAGAUAAACUUCUCGGAGUCAGUUGUAAAGUCAUAAACGUCAGAUCGGGAGCUGAGCUUCCUGAAAAAUGUCGGGAGCUGGCCUUGCAUUUCGAGAACCAGGGAACGCCUAUUAUGAUUGGUGGUGGAGUUCUUGCAUACACUCUGCUGGGAGUCGAUUACGACGACGUAAGCGGAGAUUGUGCAUUUCUCAUACUUGAUCCCCACUAUACUGGAAGUGAUGAUAUCAAGAAAAUUGUGAAUGGUGGAUGGUGUGCGUGGAAAAAGGCUGUUGAUAGCAAGGGAAAGCAUUUCUUUCUUCAGGACAGGUUCUAUAAUCUUCUGCUGCCACAACGGCCCAACAUGGUGUAAUUAGCACUCUUGAAGGGAGCAACUGCAAGUGCAACAUGGACCGAGUAUUGGGUACCCCUCAAAUCCUCUGUUCCGAAUUUUGUGUAGGUAUUCCCGUUGAACCACACGUAAAAUCUUAGGAGAGGAGAAGAUUCUUACGUGAUUCAAUGAUUGAAAAUGCACCGGAGCAAAAUGUGCAUGCAAAAAUGUACCCAUAUGCAGAGGAUUUGAGCACGUAUGGAUCAAAGGUUUGGAGCCAAGCACAAGAUUGAAACAACAUUUUAAUAUUCCGCCUUGUGGAUCUGAGAUGUAAAAAAGUUGAGAAAAUUCCAUGAAUCAAUGCUGAUGGACGACUUUGGGUAA